AUGUUCUGGCUUUCGUGUGGCGCUAUUGUGUGCCUAUUCUCCAUGUAUCACCUUCCGCUUACUUCUCAGGUGACUGUUCAUCCAUUGGUCCUGCUGAGUGUAGUUGAUCACUUCAACCGCGUCAGCAAAACUCAAAGCGUCAAGCGUGUGGUCGGAGUAUUGCUUGUGCCGUUCGAUGAAGAUGAAAAGGACAAGAGCACCUGGUUCCUUGACAUGGAUUAUCUGGAGAGUAUGUAUAGCAUGUUUCAUAAGGUCGCUGCCAAAGAAAAGAUAGUAGGAUGGUAUCAUACUGGGCCGAAGCUACACAAGAAUGAUAUUGCAAUCAAUGAGCAAAUGAAGAGGUUCGUUCCACACCCUGUGCUUGUCAUCAUCGAAGCAGAACCAAAGGACAUCGGGCUUCCCACUGAAGCUUACAUCGAAGUGCAGGAAGUCCAUGAUGAUGGCACCCCUCCCAUAAAGACUUUUGAACAUGUAGCCAGUGAAAUUGGUGCUGAAGAAGCAGAAGAAGUGGGAGUCGAGCAUUUGUUGAGGGACAUAAAAGACCAGACGGCUGGCACGUUAUCGCAGAGAAUAACUGACCAACUGAUGGGUCUUCGUGGGCUCCAUUCGCAAUUGGUAGACAUUGAAAAAUACCUCCAAGAUGUCGCAGCUCAUCGUCUUCCAAUCAAUCAUCCUGUAAUUUAUCAUAUUCAAGUAAGCGCAGCUCUCAGUUUGUGUUGAUA